CAGCAUCCAAUCCGGGCCCGGAUGUGCGGAUUCGGCGAGAAGGACCGCCGGCCGAUUGACCCGCCGCCGGUAGUGAAGCUGCGGGUGCUUGACGAGAACGGACGACUGAUGAACAGCGAGGAUGUCGAUACCUGCAAAUUCGUGGUGUCGGCAACACUGUGGGCGCCCAACAUGGAGAAUGAUCGGUCGAUAGUCAUCAACCCAAACACAUUACCCGGCCCAAUGCCAAUGUAUCCGUCAUCCUCGUCAUCGGUAAUGUCGCUGAGCGAACCAGUGAAGGUGCGGAACCUGGUGGGCACAACAGUGUCGGGUGCAUACUUGCUCAAGGACGAGCACGACCAACACAACAUCUUUUUCAUUUUCCACGAUUUGUCGGUGCGGACCGAGGGCCGGUUCCGGCUCAAGUUCCAAUUCACAAUAAUCCCGUCGCAGGAGGAGCCACGGGCGUUCAUAGAAUCCAUAGCAUUCCCUGGGAUGACAGACUCGACAGAGCUGUCAAAGGCAUUCGCCAAGCAGGGCAUCAAAAUCACCAUUCGGAAGAACGGCCGCGGGCGGACCUUCCAGCAGGACGAUGAUGGCGACCAAGAGGACGAUGAUGUCUAAUAGCGGGUGGGAUGCUUGCGUCUGGCAGCAGUAGACAAGGGUGGGAAUUCCUGAGGUAGCACUGAGCUUGACUUCACCUGCGGUUCCGCUCUGUGUCGUGCUCUGGCCCCAGCCUUGGCCCCACUGCCAUCACCACAGCAGCUCGUCACUGGCAGUCUUUCAAUGUCUUAACACCCAUGCCCUCUAUUCCCUCAGUAUUCUCCUUGUCUAAUGUUAUU